GGGUGAUGCUCCCUGGACAGUGCUCCCUUUUGGGAAAGUGACUAGGGAAGAGAAUGUUUCAGGCCACUUCCUGAUCCCGAGGAAGUGGCUCCAAGGGCUGACUUUUCUUUCUACUCAGGGAGUUCCUGACAGCUAGAAUCUAGAGGAACUAUGAGCUCACCUUUGGCCUCCCUUGGCAAGACCCGGAAAGUGCCCCUGCCGUCGGAGCCUGUGCGUUCAGGGAGGCGAGGGAUAAAACUCUACGGAGAUGAAGAUGCGGUGGACAUGCUGAAUGAUGGACAUGGCUCAGAAGAAAGGACCUCUUUCCCUUCCUGCUAUGGUGGCAUAGGUGCCCCUGUGAAUAGGCAAGUCCCUGUAUUCCAUGACUCCGAGCUGAUGGCAACCAUCACAAGGAAGGUGCAGGAUCUGGAGCAGCAGGUGAAGGCCCAGACUGAUGAGAUGCUGUCUAAGGAUCAGAAAAUACGGGCCCUGGAGGAAUUGGUGGAGACCCUCCAGGAGCACAAGGGCCAGAUGUCCCUGCAGCGGCAAGAGGAGCUGGAGACGAUGUGCCGGCAGCUGCAGCAGCAGGUCAACGAGAUGGAGCGGUUCCUCGGUGACUAUGGUCUGCAGUGGGUGGGCGAGCCCAUGGACCAGGAGGACUUGGAGGACAUUACAGGCUCAGAGGAUAAAAAGAGGAACUGGAUGACAUCCAAGAAGUUCUGGAAGCCAGGGGAUUCAUUGGUGCCCCCUGAGGUGGACUUUGACAGGCUGCUGGCCAGCCUGAAGGAUCUCAGUGAGCUGGUGGUAGACAGUGACACCCAGGUGAUGUCAGUGCCCGGCGGAGCACAGCUCCAUGUCCUUGAGCCCAUCCCACUGAAGCUGUACCGGAAUGGCAUUAUGAUGUUUGAUGGGCCCUUCAGACCAUUCCAUGAUCCCUCCACACAGAGCUGCCUCCGAGACAUAUUGGAUGGCUUCUUCCCCUCAGAGCUCCAGCGCCUGUACCCUGAUGGGGUCCCCUUUAAGGUGAGUGACCUGCGCAAUCAGGUUUACCCAGAGAAUGGGCUGGGCCCAUUCCCAGGUGAGGGCCGAGUGACGGGCCUGCAUCGGAUUCCAAGGCCCUCAGUCACCAUGGAGCACCCAGGUUCUAGGAUGACCCCUGAGAAGUUUCUGAACAGGCUCCCCAAAUGUGUGAUCCGUCAAGGGGAGGUGAUUGACAUCCGGGGCCCCAUCCGGGACACCCUGCAGAACUGUUGCCCAUGGCCUGUCCCGAUCCAGGAGAUCACAGUAGAGACACCUGCCUUGGCUGCUGAGCGUGAGAGGAGCCAAGAGUCUCCUGAGUCGCCUGCACCCCAGCACGCCAUGCUGCGCAUCAAGUCUGAGACGGGUGAGCAGUCCUUUCUGCUGCUGAUGCGGCCUGAGGACACUAUUGGUGAUGUGCGUGCCCUCCUCGCACAAGCCAGAGGCGUGGAAGCAAACACCUUCGAGAUCCUCAGUACGUUCCCGUCCACAGUCUACCGUGAGGACACGCUCACACUGCAGGCUGCGGGACUGGUACCCAAGGCAGCUCUGCUACUGAGGGCAUGCCAGGCUCUGCUGCCUGCCCCUUGCCCCCAACCCAGCCCCCAAUCCGAAUAAAGUGCCCGCCCCCAACACUGGCUGUUUUGUGAGGCUCCACUGUGGGGCAGCCCAGCUGAAGGCUGGGGCCCAGCUGGGCUGGGGGAGGGGGCGGUGCCUACCAGCCCGUAACUCGAGCCCUAGCUGGCAGGCCUGGCCACUGGGUCUUUGUCCUCUAGGUUCCUCUUUCUCCACAGAAGGGUUAAGCCAAUCCAGCGAAGGGAAGGCCGCCCCCAGCACAGGCUCAGCUGGGGCAGCAGAGCCUCAUGUGCAGCCAGUAGAUACCUGUGCACAGAUAUGCACGGAACCACAAGUACAUGGGGACACUUCCUCAACACUGUGCACAAAGCCACUGCCCCCAAAUUGGCAGAACUGCAGCUGUGUACCCAUUCCCAUGACACACCCACACUUAGCCAAUCUGCUGGAGCACAGGCAGGCGGCCACAUGGCCCCGCCACAUUACUGACAGGCAUGCAAAUGCGCAGUACACACCAA